UGGUCCUGCCCUUUUUUAUCUCGUUCAAUCCUUCAUGUUUUCUAGGAUUUUUUUUCUCGUUCAGUUGUUAAUGGAUUUGCUUCGAAUUUUCUACGAACCGGUACAUUUGUGAUUGGCACGUUCUUUUGGCAACUUUUGACGAUAUUACGUGUAUGGAAUUUUGGAAAAAAUCUUCUCUCUCGCUUUAUUUUUUAUCGUUGUCGUGCCCCUGUUAUUGACGUGCUACCAACGUUUCAGUAUUAGUUUUUCGCGAAAGUUUAAGCUAGUCUUUUGUCCACGUGGUGGUGAUUUCUUUUCGAAAAGUAGUUUUUCGUAUUUUUUAAUUUGUCGUGUACGUUUUUCUUUUUCGAGUUGCGAUUUUUUUUGCGUGGUAUGGCUAAAACGAAGGUCGCUAAGAAAACCUCCAAAGGGAAGUCUAUCUCGACCACCGAUGAAAGUUUGGGGGGCACCUUUGCGAACGGCAAGAAGAAGCUGAAGCCGAGAAUUAAGAAGGUGUCGUUCAGGGACGAACAAAUCGAAGGGAAGAGUGUAUCUGAUACUGCCGAGUACACUGACCCGGCUAUUAUGGAAGUUCGAAAAGAGAAAACUAGGAUCCGAUAUACUGCAGAGGAACUGUACAGAUAUCGAGAUUCGCCAUUCUCCAAGAAAAAACCGGAUUUUUUCGAAGAAGGAUUUAUCGAAGAAGAGCCAAACGGCAUAGGCAACGAAGGUGAUCCGGCCACCAAGUCCCGCUUCAGCCAAUUUUUCAAGCAGGAUAGCCCUGAAAAGGCUGCAGAAAGUCGUCGCUCUUCAAUGCACGACGACCACCACAUCAUCAAGAACUUGCUGAAGGACAUCGGCGAGACGACGAGCGUCGCCAUCCCCGGCGACUCGGAGGCAUACUUCGCUCCCAUUUCGCCCGCCGCCAACACUGGGGGCGGCGUCAUUGGCGGGGGAAGCGGCAAGAGGGCCGCGCAGGCAAACGCUCAACCGAUCAACAUCAUGGAGAUGCUGCAAAGGGGUAAGCAGCCAAACAUCUCUUCCGGAAAGAUUCUUAGUCUGGACGAGCUCGAGGCGAAGAUGAGGCAGGAUGUGCCGCCUCCCGGUUUGGCGCAGAAGCACCACCAGCAGAAGCCCGACGAAGAAAUGGCUGCGGCUUUCAAGAAGUUGGUGAGCAUCCGAGAGAUUCAAUCUUCGAACCGUCGUAUCGGCAGCGGACGUAUCCUGCGUGAUUCGUGGGACUUUGGCGACAAACCCGAUUCAUGUAGUAAUAUCGGUGACGGGGAGUACAACUUCAGGGGCGGACCGCGGUGCGGUAAUAACAAUGAGCGAGAGGACAAGUUCGGUCCCGGCUCCGACAAGUACGGUCCUGGCUCCGACAAGUACGAACGGCGAAGCUUUGGCAGGGACUUUGAAAUGGGCGGCAGGGGUGAUAGAGAGAAUAACAACAAGGAGCCGUCGUCGAGAAGAAACGGUCGCUUCGACAGGAGGAGAAUGACCGACCACAGGGAACAGGAGCCCGAAUGGUUUUCUGGUGGCCCCGUAUCUCAGAACGACACGAUUGAACUGCGCGGUUUCGAAGACACCGACAAACCGGGCAAGAAGAAGCUAUCACCGUCUCGCGUCAAACGUGCCAAAGACUGGUCGAAGAAGAAGAUUGAAAUCCAACCGGUCACCGUUAAUGACGAUAAGGAGGAAUCGAAAGAGCCUGCAGUACGUUCAACUCCAACUCCACAGUUGGAGUCUAAAAUUGUUGAAAAGACUGAGGAGAAGGUAGAGAAAGACGCUAAAGAUGAACCGGUUAAAGAACCUGCUGUAAAACCGCCAGAGAAAACCAAAAUGGAAGGUGUUCCAAACGAACAGUCGUUCAAUUUCGAAGACAUCCUGAAGUGUGACUCGAUCUCUGGUUUAUUGACGAACGGCAUAGGCAACGAAGGUGAUCCGGCCACCAAGUCCCGCUUCAGCCAAUUUUUCAAGCAGGAUAGCCCCGAGAAGGCUGCAGAAAGUCGUCGCUCAUCAAUGCACGACGACCACCACAUCAUCAAGAACUUGCUGAAGGACAUCGGCGAGACGACGAGCGUCGCCAUCCCCGGAGACUCGGAGGCAUACUUCGCUCCCAUUUCGCCCGCCGCCAACACUGGAGGCGGCGUCAUCGGCGGGGGAAGCGGCAAGAGGGCCGCGCAAGCAAACGCUCAACCGAUCAACAUCAUGGAGAUGCUGCAAAGGGGUAAGCAGCCGAACAUCUCUUCCGGGAAGAUUCUUAGUCUGGACGAGCUGGAGGCGAAGAUGAGGCAGGAUGUGCCGCCUCCCGGUUUGGCGCAGAAGCACCACCAGCAGAAGCCUGACGAAGAAAUGGCUGCGGCUUUCAAGAAGUUGUUGGCACAGGCUCAAGUCGGUGGUCACACAGCCACUUCUAACGGUCCUAUAAACAAAGCUCAGCCUAUGAGCCUCUUGGAGAUGUUGAAUCACUCCCAGCAGCAAGACGAAGUUGCUAGAUUGGGCGGUCCAAACGCGCACCUUCUUGGUCCCACCAGCCCCAAUAUUGGCCACCACCUUCACGGCCCCAACGAUCUGACCAUGAAACAACAGCAAGUGCAAUAUCAGCAACAGCAGCAGCAUAAACAGCAGAUGGAUAUGUUGAAUAAGCUGAUCAACUCUUCUACUUCUGUGCAGAUGAGGGGUUCUCCUCUGCAUGAUUUGGGCGUGCAGCAGAGCAGGGAAUUGCUGAACAGACCAGAAGCCCAGGCCAUUUUGCACGCGCUGCACCAGAGGAUUCCUUCUCCGAGAGAGCUGCAGGUCCACACGCAGAACAUCUUACAGAGGGCACUGAUCAAGAAGAAACUCGAGGAGCAGCAGGAGAACUACCGUAAGAAGCAGGAGAUGCAGAGAGGCCAGAGCCCCAGUACGAACGGUCCUGCGAAGAGCAUCUCUUCUCCUACACCUUUGGCUUUCACUCCGACCUCCGUGUUGAGAAAGAUGACCGCAGACAAGGAUGAGGGAAAGGAAAACAAAUUGUUCAUCGAUGGCAAAAUUCCUCCAGGCCGACCUUUGACUGGUGUCAGGCCUCUGCCAGUGCAGCCCCCUCAGGGACAACAAUGGAAUCAGCCAUAUGCUUCUGUGAAGCAUCCAGGUACGAGUCGUCCCAUCGUCAAAGCGAACAACUACCAGGGCCAGACUGCGGAGCAGUUCUUCAGCCAGCAUCAGCAGCAGCAGCAACAACAACAGCAGCGCAACAUGUUCAACCAGCCACCCCCAGGUGUUUCUGGCCAACGCAAACCUGGCAACAACCAGGGUGGGCUGCAGUUCGUCCCCAAUCAAGGUGUCGCUCAGUCUCAGUACAACACACAACAAUACUCUACUAAUCAACAGUUCACCCAACAGCAGCUGAGAGCGCAGCACCAGCACCGGCCCUCGAAUCAGCAGUCGUCGGUGAUUCAGCAGCAGCAGCAACAACAACAGCAGAGGGGACAGCAGCUAGGGUUCCAGCAGCAACAGCAGCAGCAGGGCGGCCAAAUGGCAGGUCAGGCAUGGCAGCAGUUUUUCAGUAACGGCCAAGGUAACAGGACCGGCGGCAACAAUCCCAUCGGCCGAGCCGGCUUGAACGACGGCGACCUUUCCCCGACGACGACCAAUCAGCUCGCGCGCUGGUUCUCGCCCGAUCUAUUGGAGCGAGCUCGGGGCGGCGAGCUGCCCAGCACUGCGGGUCUCGCCCAGCACGCGCUCAGCCUGGAGGAGCUCGAGCGGAGGCAGACGGUAGCCGCCCCUCCCGCGGUUCACAACUAGAGCCGCCCCCCAUGAACAACUAGCUCGUACCUGGAAUCGGAUUCGCCUGUCGAGGAGUCUAUCGCUCUCUCUCGGUUAUGUCUGAUCCAACGACUUCAUUGUAUUUUUAGUGAAAAAAAAGUUUGAUGUCUCAAAACUAUUUAUUCAUCUUAGAUGACUUGUCAAUUUUUCUCAGAAAAAAAAUCGGUCGAAAAACUCAAUUCAAUGAGAUCGGACUUGAAAAGAAAAUUGUAACGUUUUGUAUAUAUUUAAAAAGCAAAAGUUACAUAGACAUUGUGAUAGAAAUAGAAUCGCCGAGCUUAUUGCAAGAGUUUUUCGACCUACCGGGGGCGCACGAAACAUUUCCAAGGCCAUACACUUAGUUUUCGGGCACCCCUCGUAAAAUGGAUCCAUUACAUCGCAGGUAGUUUGAAAAAGUUGUGCUUGUGAUUAAAAAACGUCUGGCGUCCUAGGGUAUUUUAUCGAAUUUGAAUAUUUCAGUUGUUAGAAUUGCGAUUUUUAGUUUUUCCGUUUGGUGUCCUGAACAAUUUUUGUUUCCUUUUGGUGUUCAACUUUGUGUAAUGGAAGCCAUUUGGGGAAAAAUAUCGAUUGAUAAUAUGAUAAGGUACAAUCUAAAAAAAGUGUAUCAUUACUAAUUGUAAACAAAGGAACUGAUUUUUAUCUUUAUUAAAUGUUGGAAUUCCCUUGGGAACAGAAAGGUUGAGCUGUGAGGUGAUGUGAGUUUCGUGUCGUUUUCGUGGGGUCUGCUAAUGACACCUGAGGGUGGUUGCAAGUUGAAACCGAAACGUCGAUAAAUCUUGCUUCGGGUUCGGUUGUUAUUCUACUUUAUCUGCAUUAGGGUGUUCCGAAAACAUCAGAUUCUUCAUUAUUAGUAUCCAUGGCUCAUGAAAGAUUAGAUCUGCUCUCAAAUAUAAAAAUAUUUUUUGAUUGGAUUAAAACAAUAUUGUUGUUGCACUUACAUUGUUUUUUACUGUAAUAAUUUUUCAAAUUGAAUAGUUGAUUUUUUGGUGUUUUUAGUUUUUACUUCUGCCGUGUAUUUGAUUGAAUUGAAAUGUAAUUGUUAAAAUUUUAUUGUUGCAAUUUUGGACCUCAGAAGUUGUUCUAUUUUCAUAUUUUCUCCAUAGAUUAUACAUUAAAAGUUUGAAUAGGGACAAUUUUGGUAUUUUUAAUUUGAACUACUUAUUGUUGAUCUUGAUAUAAAAUUGCAUUAUAAGUAUUAUUUAGUCAUUGUUUAGGUGAAUCCAGUAAAUUUAUCGUAUUUAAAAUGAUUGAGAUUUGAAUGAUUGAAAUUAUCUAUUGCGAAGUUGUAGUUUGUAAUUUUUUCUUGUGAAAGACCUUCAAUUUUUCAAUAUCAACGCUAGAAACUUCGAUUCUGAAAAGGAAAAGUAUAAUUUGUAGCGAAACAUCAUCUCACGGCAUUCGAACUAUCAGUUUCCAAAGGGAAUAUCCAUAUUUCGCCAACAAGUAACAUUCCUGGUUUGCAAACCACUCAUAUGAAUGAACUGAACGAUUUUUUGUUGAAAUUUCAUUUAGAUUCAAAGGAAAGAGCUAGUCACUUGAUAAACCAUUGUUUCGGGCCGAUAUUGUACCUGCCCAUAACCUACAAAUAUGUUUGAGCGCAAAAUGGCAAUUAAUUGUACAGUAUGGGCCCAAAUGACGUGUUCAUAUAGAAUUUUGGAAAUAUUAUCUGUUGCGGAAGUGCAGUUUGAUUGCAAAUCGAAAUUUAUUGAAUAUUCCUUUCUUUUUUUUGUAUCAAAAAAUCUCUAAGCUCUCGGUCAUAUCAUAAUUGUUGCUGUUGAACAAUAUCUGGUUGAAUUCAUUCGUUUCGUUGUGAACGUUGUUCGUUUGACUUCAACUGAACUUUUCGACGGCGCUUCAACAUUGAAACAUGCCGAUAAACACAUUUCUCUGUUGUAAAAAGUAUGUAUGAAAUGAUUUUGUAAAUAAGAACGUGUCAUAUUACAAUUGACAUACAUUUUUGUUUCAAAGAUCAAUUAAAUGAGCAGAAAAAAGGUA